AUGCCCUCCGCAUUGACUUUUGACUGUCACGCGAAAUGUUCGUCUACGAAAGCCCGCGCGAGUACCCUCCACCUCCCCCAUGGCUCUGUUCCCUUACCGAUCUUCAUGCCUGUUGCGACGCAAGCCUCUCUCAAAGGCUUGACAUAUGAUCAGCUGCGCGACACAGGAUGUAUGCUGUGCUUGAACAACACAUAUCACCUUGGCUUGAAGCCCGGGCAAGAGGUUUUGGAUGCAGUGGGCGGCGCUCAUAAGUUGCAAGGUUGGGAUCGUAAUCUUUUGACAGAUAGCGGCGGCUUCCAGAUGGUUUCUCUUCUAAAGCUAGCAACUGUGACCGAGGAGGGUGUUCGAUUCCUCAGUCCCCAUGAUGGCUCGCCUAUGCUCCUCACCCCCGAACACUCCAUUUCUCUGCAGAACUCUAUUGGCUCAGAUAUCAUUAUGCAAUUAGACGAUGUGAUUGCCACCACCUCCCCAGAUCAUGCCCGGAUCAAGGAAGCUACGGAACGGUCUGUGCGGUGGUUAGACCGUUGCAUCGACGCGCAUAAAUACCCCGAGAGACAAAAUCUGUUUUGUAUCAUUCAAGGUGGAUUAGAUCUAGAUCUCCGAAAACAGUGCUGCGAGGAAAUGGUGGCUCGUGAUACCCCCGGAAUCGCAAUUGGAGGCUUGUCUGGCGGUGAAGCUAAGGAGGAGUUUUGCAAAGUGGUCGACACGUGUACCGGACUUCUUCCCGAAAAUAAACCCCGAUACGUGAUGGGAGUGGGAUAUCCGGAAGAUAUCGUUGUUGCAGUCGCUCUCGGUGCAGACAUGUUCGACUGCGUGUGGCCCACACGGACAGCGCGUUUUGGCAACGCCAUUGUGAAUUCCGGUACACUGAAUCUUCGCAAUCAGUCGUAUGCAAAUGACUUCACUCCCAUCGACGAGGGUUGCGAUUGUGUCUGCUGUCGCCCAACUGAGAAAGGUGGUCUCGGCGUGACCAAGGCAUAUAUACACCAUGUAACUGCGAAGGAGACCGUUGGUGCUCAUCUUCUCACGAUGCACAAUGUGCAUUACAUGUUGCAAUUGAUGGGAGCUGUACGCCAGGCUAUUCUGGAUGACCAGUAUCCGGCUUUUGUUCGCCGAUUCUUCUCCAAUAUUUAUAAUGGAGAUAAGACAAAGUAUCCUGAGUGGGCUGUGGGCGCUUUGCGAGGCGUGGGGAUGGACCUUUUGGAAAAUUAA